UUUUUUUUUUUUUUUUUUUAAUUAUUUGGUUCAUAUUAUAUACGAUUAUAAAUAAUGACAACCCCAUUUCGACAAGGCCUUAGUAAUGUUUGCUGAAUUAUUUAUUUACUUAUUUUUUGGAAUGAAAUCAAUUAGCAAUCACUAUACUAAUUGUUGUUAUUUUAGAUAAGGUUUAUUUACCUAAUAUUAUUUUUAAAAUGGUUAGAUCACCUAAUCUUGAACCCAAUCAAGUUGCCUUUCGAAUCCCUUCCAAAUGCAAUAAAUUUGACAUCCACUCUUAUUUAACAAACAUUUAUGGCGUCAAUGUGCAAGAAGUACGUACUAUGAAUUAUGCUACUAUGCACAAGAAGGGACGCAACGGCAUGAUGUCUGUCUCUCAACCUGCUUACAAAAAAGCGAUUGUAACAAUUGAUGAACCAUUUGUUUGGCCUAAAGAGCCUGAAUGGUGCCAAACCAGCUUGAAAACAGCUAAAAUUAAUAAUAAAAUGGUCUCACGUAAAAUGAAUGGAUGGCGAAUUCGAGCACCUGAAGAUGAACGAGUGGAGUUAAAGAGAUUAAAUGAUGAAGCUGUAGCUGAACAACAAGCUAAACAACAAAAGAAGAAAAAGUAAAUUGGGAGGGGGUUAAAAUCUAGUUGUAAAUAAACAUUUGUUUGUACUUUUAUAAAAUAUGUAGAUGUAUAUGUAAAUGUAUAACAUGUCUAUUUGUAUAAA